AUGUCUCCUGUUCUUUUAUUCUCAUUUUUACUUGCAAGUCUCUUUGGGGCAUCCUUUGCUCUUCAAGAUGACCAAAUACAGCCUGAAAUUGAGUGCAUAACAUAUCUAUCAACUUAUUUGGUCCCCGUAUCAAGAGGUCACACUCGCCCAACGACUCCCUCUGCUGAAGAAACCAUUUUCCCAGAGACCUCUGAAGCACCUUCGACAUUUUCUACAGACCUGGCUAUCUCCUCAACUCUCUCUAUUUCUGAUGAUGUAAUUAUUACCACUUCAGUCCCAAGCCAAACUACUGGAAUUCCAAUCCCUGAAGCCAGUGGCCGAUCAGUGAUAUUCCGCGUCGUUCCAGAAUCGCAGGACACCAAACGAGACCUACAGGCUAGGGCAGUCGGCGGUUUUGUUGGCACUCAGUCAGAAAUCUGUGCUGCUGCCGCUGUCUUCAACCUGGUUCAAGGCCGUCUGUUGGAUGGUAGAUUGCCCAUAUACUACAACGGCGAGAGUUUCAAGGAGCUACGCGGCUCCCCAGGAGCGUUAUCUCGAGGGGCUGUUACGGAGACCUUUGCUGAUGAGGAUGGAUUCCUCCGAUUUUCCAACUCAGACCUACCAAAUGGUGAGGCAGGCUUCUGUCAAGACCCCGAGAACGGUCAAGUCUAUAUUACUUUUACUGCAUCGCCACCCGGGUGCCAAACUAUAAGACUUUCUAUUACUGACGUCGACGAUUGCCGAGAUGGCGAUGUAUCCUCGAGCUUUUCUUCUCGAACUGUCAAUACACCUCUGCUAUCAGAGUCUACAUCUGUGUUGCUCGGAACGACGUCUCCCUCCGACGCAGUAGCUUCUACGACCACAAAGGAUAUCCAGAUGGGUUCUUCCGCUACAGAUGUUCCAGCUUUGACUUCUCAGGUUGAACCUGUGUAUACGAGCUCUGUGCGAUUAUAUAACAGCUCUUCGUCUAUCAUAUUUGUCACAGAACCUGGUCUCACUCAAAAAACUUCUGUGUUGGAAAUUUCAGCCAGUGUCACAGAUUUCCCACCUACAUCUCGGCUGAGCUCCGGGACCUCAGAUUCGGAGACCCUAUCCACAGAUUCACUAUCCACGGGUGAACUGUCCACGGAUAUCUUAGGAACGUCGGAAGAGCUCUCUUCUAUCUUGACGCCAACUACAACUGACACGCCAACUACAACUGACACGACAACUACAACUGACACGCCAACUACAACUGACACGACAACUACUACGAAUUCUCGGAUUACAAGUGUCACUAGCUCUGGUACCGACUCUACGGCAAGCUCUGUUGACGGUUCUUCUACUGCGUCUGGAUCAUCGUACAGCUUAGAGACUGAUACUAGCACACUAUCGGAUCUACCAUUGGAUACCAGUUCAUCUUCUGACUCGAGCUCAACGGUCCUUUCAACGGCUGAUACCAGUCUUUUCACCACGACAGCUGUUGAAUUCACAACUUCAACCACUACGAGCUCUGAACCGACGCGCACACGUGCGUGUGCAGAGGGCCUGUCUGAUCCACUGACACUAUUCAAUGGUGAGAGGCCAUCCGACAAUGGUGUCGAAGAGCUCGUGCUCCCUUUUCAGAUACCGCUCUACGGUGAAACCAGUGAAAUGGUCUACGUCAGCCCCAAUGGACUUGUUACACUCAGAGACUCCUUCGGGGCCGAUUCGGUCCCCGCACUGGCCUUCCUACCGGAUGAAAACAUUGAGUCGCUGGCUAUUUUCCCUUACUGGAUUGACAUGAUAGUUCCUGAAGGUUCAGGAGCCGAGGUUACAUACCAGGUUAAGCAGACUCCCUUUGAACCAGGGGUCCUGACCAUAGAUUGGUGUGUUUUCACUACAUCAGGUGCAACUGAGCCAAACCACUUUCAAAUGGUGAUCUCAGAGGACCAACUGACCCCUAUCACCUUCUUCUACUAUACCAUCCAGCCUGGGGGAACUAUUGCUACUAUCGGUGCCCAAAAUCGCGACGCGGAUCAGUGGGUGCAGUAUUACGGUGCUAUCCCAGAUAGAACGUACAUGGAAGUUGAUACGUUCGGUGACGGGGAUAUACGGACUGGUCAGUUCUGA